AUGUCUUCCGAGAUGGAGGAUGUGUUUAAAGGCGUUCUUCCGCAGUUGGUCUCUACAAUCAGAGCGGCAAGCUCGUUAGCUGCGCAAGACAUAAAUUUCUACAAGUCAAUCGAUGCCGGUCUUGCUAGUGACAUUGAUUCCGCAGCUGCCCGGUUAAUGAACAUCUCCAAUGACUUGAUCAGAGCCACGACCGACGAUGACGAAGUCAAGAUUGGGUUUGGCAAGCAGAAUGUCGAAGGUGAAUUGUCGUGGAAUCCUAUCGCCCGUGUGUUGGAUUCCAUCUUUGAGAAGAUUGACUAUUCGUUUGACCAUGCUAGACAAAAGACAUCUAGUGAUGCCAGGAGUUUGGAGUACUUGGAUAGUGGCAGCGCUCCUUCUAAUGAAUCAGGCAAGAGAAUAUCCAAACCCCAGUUGAAGUUCAGAGUUCCUGUGGAUAAUUCCGAAUCACACCCUUUUAAACCAAGAUUGGACAGCAAACCACAUGCUUUGAAACUGUUUGAAGAAUCCGUCAAGUUGUUUAACCCCGAGCCCAAAUAUGAAGAUUCCAUUGAGAUAAUAGACCCACCAUACUAUCCCCAACCAUACGAGUACGAAAUUGACAACCAGCCAUAUCCUGAAGCGAUCCUACAAUCUGCAGUCGAACCUAUUCCAUCCAAGGACUGGUCAACCACAGAAGCCAUCUGGGUAGACACGGUGGAAGAACUCACGAAAAUGGUAACCGUCUUGCAAUCCCUGACCGAAAUCGCCGUCGAUUUAGAACACCACGACUAUAGAACAUACUACGGGAUCGUCUGUCUUAUGCAAAUCUCCAACCGCGAUCAAGAUUGGAUCAUUGACACAUUGGCCUUGCGCGAUGACUUGACCGUAUUAAACACAGUAUUCACCGAUCCUAGCAUUGUCAAGGUGUUCCAUGGGGCAUUCAUGGAUAUCAUUUGGUUACAACGAGAUCUCGGAUUGUACAUUGUUUCCUUGUUUGACACCUACUGCGCAUCCAAAAAUUUGGGAUUCCCCAAACACUCGUUGGCAUACUUGUUGGAAACAUUUGCUCAUUUUAAAACAUCCAAGAAGUAUCAGUUGGCCGAUUGGCGGAUCCGUCCGUUGUCCCACCCUAUGAUGGCCUAUGCUCGAUCAGACACCCAUUUCUUGUUGAAUAUUUAUGACCAGUUGCGAAAUAAACUUAUCCACGAAAACAAGUUACAACAAGUGUUGUAUGAUUCGAGACAGGUGGCUAAGCGGAGAUUUGAAUACACCAAGUACCGUCCAUUAGCACCUAAUGGGAAAGUCUCGUGCCCAGUCAUGUCGAGCAAUCCAAGAGAGCCAUUCGCGUCGAUAAUGUAUCAAUACAAUGUGCCAAGUUUCAAGAAAGGUGUCGUUGAAGUAUUGUAUAAUUGGCGUGAUUUGGUAGCUAAACAAGAGGACGAGUCGGUAAGGUACAUCAUGCCCAACCAGUUGUUGGUCACUCUAGCAUUAUUGGAGAGUCCCGUUGACGCCAACAAAGUGUUGAAUUGCCAGACGUACGUGAGUGAACAUGUGAGAUUGCAUGCAAAGGAACUUGCUGGGUUGAUUGAGAAAACGUUGGUGCAGACUGAAGCCAACGAUUGGGAUUUGGUGGAUAAGUGGAGUAACCAAAAGACUGACAGUUUCGAUGCUCAUGAUAAGAAUAUGUUGGAGAAUGUAAACGGAUUGUUUAACGCUUUGGUUGAAUCUAACCAGGACUUGUUUAAUUCUACUGGGUUAGUGCAUGAGAUUGAAACUGUGGAAGAACCCAAGAUCAGGUAUACUGUUGAGUAUGAUGUUAAUAACAACACGGUGGUUAAGCAUAAUUUUGAGGACGUAUGUCAAGAAAGGUUGGAACGCGCCUGGAAUGGAUUAAUUGCCAUGGAUGCACAACUGAAUGUUGAAGUUCCAAUUGAAGAAGUUCCAGAGACAGAGGAACCUGAAGCACCCGUGGAAUUUGUUAAACCAGCCAGACCAGAUGCGGCAUUGUUUAGCAAAGACAAGGAAAUUGAUCCUAAUCAACUCAUUACGCUUAGACAACGAAAGGUUGCCCAGCCUAAGAGACGUCAACUUCUUGAAGAACAGGAGCAACAACAAGUGGACUAUUCUAGUGCCGAUAAGAUUAUGAUUCCUAAUACCAAUAGAAGACCUAAGGAUAGGAAAAAGAAGAGCUUUGAUCCGUAUUCUAGAGAGAGUGAAGGUCCUAAGCCGGCUAAGCGGGCUAAGAUCACUACUACUGGUAAAUCAUCGACGUUUAAGAAUAAGAGGAAGUAG